AUAUCUUGCAGUGCAGGCUGUAGUAUCAGUCGUAGCAGCAGAAGGAUAACAUGAGGACCGCGGUCCUGUGGGGCCUGCUGGCGCUGGUGUGUCAGCACACACUGGUUUGCAGCCACACGCUGGGAAGGCCCUCUUCUACCGGUGACCUGGCUCAGCUCAAGUCUUUACUGGAGCGCUUUGAAGAGACUCUGGUCGAUGCAGCCCAGGAGGAGGACUCUGAAGCUGAUUAUGUAGGGACAAACCAGCAACCCGAGAACAGCCAGCCCAGCCGGGCAUGGAACCUGGACCAGGAGGGGGACCAAGAACCUUCGAUAUCAGAAAGAUCCAAACCAGCCGAGGUCCACAGCAGGAUCCCGAGUCAGAGGAGCCGUCUGCAGGACCUGCUGAUGACCAUCAGGCAACGAUCCUCUGGCUGCUUUGGAGCCAGGAUGGAUCGAAUAGGAAAUGCCAGCGGUCUGGGAUGCAACAAUGGAAGAGGGUAGUCUGACAGUUUUCCCGGGACACAUGUUGGAUUAUAGUUUGAUCUCCAACUGAGGACACAACCAAAGAGAUUGCAUAUGUAUGAUUUUGCAUUAGUCGCAGUUCAACUGUGUGUGUAUCUUGUACGUGUUACUCUGUUUGAAGUGACAAAUGGGCUGCUUGUCAACUAUAUAACGAAUUCUGUUGAGUCCAUUAUACUCUGCGUAACAUUAACACCCUAAAGGUAAUGAGUUAACUAUAUACUGUAAGUGCAGGUGGGUUGCUAACAAAUAAAUAAAUAAAUGAAUAAACUCUUAUUUUCAUA